ACUGGGGUUGCAGAAUGAGUGGGAGGUGAGGACGUGGUCUAAUGGUGAGGACCGCUCUUUAACGAAAAGAGUCUGGGAUUGCUUUAUAGUGUUUAAAGGCUAAGGGGCAGGAAGGAGAGGAGGUGAAGGUACAGGAAGGAAGGCUCCUGGGAACUAUGGCCUGGUCAAGGGACAAGAGGCACCCCCUCUGUGGCCAGAGGAAGGGGUGCAGUCACAUCUGUAAGAGCAGUGGGAAAAAACCAUGCGAGAGCCAGUCUCAAGGGUGAGGGCACCAGCGUGGAGCGCACAGAGCUGGAAUGAGGGCCUGUGGUUUUGAGGGGGACCCUGGGCUCAGUGGGAUGUCCCAAGGGUCAGGCUGGGGCUGGGGUACCAGAUCUAGUGAGUACAACUACAGGAUGCCCAGCAAAAUUUUUUUUAGCAUAAGUAUUUCCCAUGCAACGUCCGGGAUAUACUUACACUAAAAAAAAAAAUUAUUCGUUGUCUGAACUCAAGUCCUGUAAUUUUCAGCCAAUUCUAGCCCAGCGUGGCGCAUUAGUGGGUCAGGGAGGGCACGGGAACGGCGCGACCCGACAGCCUGGGAAACGGACAGCCGUGUCAGAAGGGCAGGUGCCAGUGGGGAGGAGGCCAGAGAGAAAGCCGCAGCUUCCUUCCACCUCGCGCCGGGCCCGCGGCAGCGCAAGGAACCUCUCCGGGUUCCUCCCGGCGGGAACCCCCUGCCCCAGAACUUUGGUCUCGUCCCAUCCACCCCCGCCCGCGCCAUGGUCUCGCCCUAGGGAGUUAUCGAUAACUCUACGCUCGACCUCGAUCGACUCGCUCCGGCUCCCCUUGCCGUCCUGGACACAGCGGAGUGCGGAGUCGCCCGUAAGCUCUAGGGCCCGUGCAGGCCACACCAUGAACACGUCCCCAGGCACGGUGGGCAGUGACCCGGUCAUCCUGGCCACUGCAGGCUACGACCACACCGUGCGCUUCUGGCAGGCCCACAGCGGCAUCUGCACCCGGACUGUGCAGCACCAGGACUCCCAGGUGAAUGCCUUGGAGAUCACACCAGACCGCAGUAUGAUUGCUGCUGCAGGUUACCAGCACAUCCGCAUGUAUGAUCUCAACUCCAAUAACCCCAACCCCAUCAUCAGCUAUGAUGGCGUCAACAAGAACAUCGCGUCUGUGGGCUUCCACGAAGACGGCCGCUGGAUGUACACGGGCGGCGAGGACUGCACAGCCAGGAUCUGGGACCUCAGGUCCCGGAACCUGCAGUGCCAGCGGAUCUUCCAGGUGAACGCACCCAUUAACUGCGUGUGCCUGCACCCCAACCAGGCAGAGCUCAUCGUGGGUGACCAGAGCGGGGCUAUCCACAUCUGGGACUUGAAAACAGACCACAACGAGCAGCUGAUCCCCGAGCCCGAGGUCUCCAUCACGUCUGCCCACAUUGACCCCGACGCCAGCUACAUGGCAGCUGUCAAUAGCGCUGGAAACUGCUAUGUCUGGAAUCUGACGGGGGGCAUUGGUGACGAGGUAACCCAGCUCAUCCCCAAGACCAAGAUCCCCGCCCACACGCGCUACGCCCUGCAGUGCCGCUUCAGCCCCGACUCCACGCUCCUUGCCACCUGCUCGGCUGAUCAGACGUGCAAGAUCUGGAGGACAUCCAACUUCUCCCUGAUGACGGAGCUGAGCAUCAAGAGCGGCAACCCCGGGGAGUCCUCCCGUGGUUGGAUGUGGGGCUGUGCUUUCUCGGGGGACUCCCAGUACAUCGUCACUGCUUCCUCGGACAACCUGGCCCGGCUCUGGUGUGUGGAGACUGGAGAGAUCAAGAGAGAGUAUGGCGGCCACCAGAAGGCUGUCGUCUGCCUGGCGUUCAACGACAGUGUGCUGGGCUAGCCUGUGACCCCUCAGGACUGCCUGGUGCAGGUGGUGGCAGCUGGAGGGUCCCAUGCAGCACCCAGGUCAGAACAGGCCCUACUGCCGGCCUACACCAGCUGGACCUGAUGGCCCCCUGUGGCACCUUGACCUGCUGGGCCAGGCCGCCCUGGGACUCUCAGCCCCCAGUUGCUUAUCCAGAUGUGACAGCUCGACCCAAGCCAGGCUGCACACUCCUGGACUGGGCUAGCCUGCACUGCCUGGGAGUCAGCCAAGGGCCCAAAGCUGCUGAGGGGUGUGAGGCUGGUGCCCACCCCUAAGCUAGUGUGUUUCCUGUCCCCUCCCUGCCGCGUUUCAGGGCCUUAGUCCACAGAGAACACCACUGUGGCCAGGUGGAAGGGUUUAUUAGUCCCUGCCGGCAGCUAUCCUCCCUGGUGCGGGUGACCUGGCCAGCCCGCUGGAUUGGGGACAGGGACCGGGCUGGGCCAGGUCGGGGCUCAGUCUGGGAGGUAAUAAAAGCAGACUGACACACAGA